GUGGUUGUGCGAUCACCAUGGCUACCACACACCAUGGUACAAAUGCUGAACCGUCAGAGCCACAAGGAGGUUCGGACUUUACUGCCCGAGCCUACCAGUUAGAACUGUUCGAGGAGGCCAAGAAACAGAACUCCAUUUUGGUGUUGGGCACAGGUUCUGGCAAGACUUUCAUAUCCAUCCUUCUUAUCAGAGAGCUGGCACACCAGAUCCGAGGGUCAUUGUCGAGCGGCAGUAAGCGGACGGUGUUCGUGGUGAACACAGUGCCGCUGGUGCACCAGCAAGCACUGGCGAUAGAAACACAUACAGCACUGCAAGUGGGCAAGUACGAAGGAUCCAUGGGUGUUGACUACUGGACUGACGACCGUUGGAAGGAUGAGUUGGAGAAGAACGAAGUACUGGUGAUGGUGGCACAGAUCUUCCAGGAUUUAGUUCUUCAUGCCAGGCUACCAUUAUCAUCAGUCAACCUCAUCAUUAUGGAUGAAUGUCAUCACACCACAGGGUCCCACCCCAUGCGAGAGAUCAUGAGACAAUAUGAAUCGCUGAAGAGAUGUACACCCAAGAAAUGUCCUAGAGUUCUGGGUCUGACAGCUUGUGUCAUUCAUCGUAAGUGUAAAAAGAAGGAUGUGAAGAAAUUGAUGAAGGCGCUGGAAAUGGCGAUGGAUUGUGCAUUGGUGACAACUACUGAUCAAGAAGAAGUUAUUAAGUAUAGUACUGGCCCCAAGGAGAGGAUCAUUUGUUAUGAAUCUGAAGAGCCUACCGAGUACCAGGAAUUAAUUAGUGCUCAGCUACAAGGAAUUGUAGAAGAUGUACUAGAGCAAAGGGAUAUCGAGUUAAAGUACAAGAAAUUAGUCACGAAGAAGAUGGACAAUAUUCGGCAUAUCAUGGGUACUCUGGGAGACUUCUGUGUGGCUCAGGCUAUCCAGUAUGAGAUGGAUCACUUUGAUGAGAUCGAGAAGAUUGAGGAUGUACCAACUGUUCGAGAAUUGAUCGUUUUGCUCAGAGACAGGUUGAAGGCAAUAAAGGAAUACUGUACAGAAAUUGAAGCCUCGAUGAGUCCUAUUGUCCAUGUAUCCAAGAAGGUGAAGAAGUUGUACGAAAUAUUUCGUGCAUGUAACACAGAGGUGUAUGGACUGAUCUUUGUGGAGAGGAGAAACACUGCUAAGAUUCUCUAUGAUUUAUUAUUGAAGGCUGCUGAGCAAAGUGAUAAUCUUGCAUAUGUAAAACCUUUGUAUGUUAUUGGUUCAAACUCCCGUUUAGGUCUUGACAUUCGUUUGGCUGAGCUGGAACUUCGCAAGCAGAACGAAACCUUAAAUAAGUUUCGUAAUGGUGAUUGCAAUUUUGUUGUUUCAACUAGUGUUUUAGAAGAAGGUGUGGAUAUUAGGAAGUGCAACAUAGUCUUGCGAUUUGACAAGCCAAUGAACUACCGCGCGUAUGUGCAAUCAAGAGGUCGAGCUCGAGCACUGCCGUCCAGGUACUUACUGAUGGUACAGCACAGCGACCUGCAGGAAAUGCUUGAAACAGUGGAAGUUUAUAAGGAAAUUGAAAACUCACUGAUAAAUUUGUGUCAUGAUCGUGAGUUACCAACGAGUAAUGAGACCAGGGAGCACUUUGCUGAAGAUGAAUAUAUUGCACCAUACGAACCUUAUGGUCCUGAUGGCCCCAAAAUCACCCUCAACUCUGCCAUUCCACUUAUUAAUGUGUAUUGUGGUAAGUUACCUCAGGACAAGUUUACAGUCCUGGCACCAGAAGUUGUCAUCAAGACUACUGAAGAGGGGUGUGUGGCUGAGAUAAAGUUACCCAUUAAUGCUAGCUUCAAGGAGAAGGUGAGUGGUGACUGUAUGGAGAACAAAGACUUGGCCAAGAAGAGUGCUGCACUCCUUCUCUGUAAAACUUUGCAUAAAAUGAAUGAGUUAGAUUGUAACUUGAGGCCAGCUGCGGCUUCGGAUGAUGGUAUGCUAGAUGGACUAGUGGAGAUUCAGCCAGAACAAGUCGAGGCCGGGGAACCCGAACCUGGCACCAAGAAGCGACGGCAGGUUUAUGAGAGAGAGGUAUGCCAAGCUUUCACCCAUUGCCAAGAAGGAAUGUACAAACUUUAUUCCAUCAUCAUUCAGCCUUCAGGUCCACAGCUUACUGACUUGCUCAUAGAUUCCACUAAGAGUGAGGUAUCACUGGGAUUGAUUUGUAAAAAAGACUUAUUACAUUGUCCAUUUCCCCUCUACUGCUCUAAAUGGGGAGAGGUGGAAGUCAAAGUGGAAUUUAUUAAGGAAAUUAAAGAUCAAAGUCCAGAGUUGAUAAGACAAAUUGAACACUUUCACAAGGUAGUUUUUGAAACGCUGUUACACAUCAAUUUUAAGCUGUUUGAUUUUAAUUCUAGAAAUUCUGGUGUAUUUAUUGUACCAUUAGGAAAAGAAAGCACCAUUAACCUAGAUAUUCUAAAUCAGAUAUCUAGUUUGCCAUCUCUUAGAGCUAGAGAGCCCAUUGUAAAUGAACCACAAGCAGGAAUUUUCCACUUUGAGAGAGCUUUUUAUGAGGAUGCUAUUAUAUAUCCUUUAUAUCCAACAGAAGAACCUGAGAUUAUGUUCUAUGUCACACAGAUAGUCACUGAAUUGAACCCACUAUCAGAGUUUCCUGAUUUCAAGGAUCUCUACUAUUCAUACUCUGAUUACUAUAAGCAGAAGUACGGUCAGAGCAUCAGUAACAUGCAGCAGCCUUUGUUACUCGCAAAACACUUACCUAGAGAGCUCAACUUCUUGAAGAAGCUACCAACGUCUUGUGAGACGAUUGACGGGUCUGAGAGUGAUUUUCCUAUGUGUGCACCUCAGUUCCUUGGCCUCAAAAAGUUAUCGAGCAAAAAAAAUAGCAGGAAGCAUGAACGUGAUUAUGCUAAGUUUGUGCCUGAGUUGUGUGGUGUCCUUCCCCUGAAAGCUUCUGUCUGGUGGCAGGUCAUGUGCAUCCCUUCUAUUCUUCAUCGUCUCAAUAGUCUGAACUUGGCGUACCAGCUCAAUGUUGUCAUGAAUGACUCAAGAUUUAUACAGAAUUCAGACCACAAGAAAAUUAAUUUAAACUGGCCUGAAGAAAUAAUUAAAAGGAUAAGAAAUUCUAGUAAGCAGAAUUUGUGUGUAUCAUUACUGGAAAGAAAGAAUGACUACAUCCAUCCAUUUGCGAUUGUUCAAGCUCUCACACUUCGUGGAUCCAACGAUAACUUUGAUCUGGAAAGACUGGAAGUUCUUGGAGAUUCUUUCCUCAAGUUCAUCACGGCAGAGUAUUUAUUUUUGAAGGAGAUCAAGAACCACGAAGGUAGACUCUCUAUGCGUCGUGGUAAACUGGUCUGUAACAGCACUCUCUAUUCCUUGGCUAAAUCCAGAGCAAUACCAGAGAAGAUCCAGUCAGUCAAUUUGUCACCUCCCACCAAUGGUUUCCUGCCAGGCUUCAUGAUAAAACCUGAAGUUGAUAAACAGUUUAGAAGCUGCAGUCUUGCUCACUCCAUGUGGUCCAAUGUACCUAAGUUAAGUGAGAUGGACCACAUGCAACAGAUGGUUGAAAAUUUGGAAAUUAGCAAAAAUGAGAAGAGUAAGAAGAAAGUGGAGAAAUCAGCUUGCUACAACCCCUGGAGUGAACACCUUUUGGCAGACAAAAACAUCGCAGACAGUGUUGAGGCUCUGAUUGGUGCCUACCUACUGGCUGCCGGCACCCAAGCUGCCGUUACUUUCCUUCAUAAACUCGGCCUUGGUGUCUGUAACAACAAGUCAUUAUUACGGUGCCAGCUGGAGGUGCCAAGUGCCCUCCUUAAGGAGGACUACUGGGCCAUGAACGAGGUGCGUCGCUACUACAAGAAUGCCUGUCUUGACCGCCUUGAACAGAAAAUAAAGUACACCUUUACUGAUAAGAGCUUUAUUGUGCAGGCAGUAACUCACAGCUCCUUCUCUCAGAACACGGUGACUGACUGUUACCAGAGACUGGAAUUCUUGGGUGAUGCUGUCCUGGACUAUCUGAUCACCGGUCACAUCUACAGUCACUAUUCUUCAUAUUCGCCUGGUCAGAUAACUGACUUAAGAUCAUAUUUUGUGAAGAAUGAAACACUUGCUAAAGUGUCAGCAGACAUGAAGCUACACAGACACUUGCAACACAUGGCUCCUAAGUUGACAGCUUCCAUUGAUAAGUUCCUCAGGAUCCUUGAUGAAUCUUAUGAAGAUGACACACUCAACACUGAGGAGGACGAAGUUGAUGGUGAGGACGUUGAUGUUCCAAAAGCCCUGGGUGACUUGGUGGAGGCUAUCAUUGGUGCUGUCUACCUUGACACUUGUAGAUCACUGCAGAGAACUUGGGAAGUUAUUGAAAUAUUAAUGGGAGACACACUGAAGAAGAGUCUGGCAGAUAUUCCAGGCAACAGUAUCAGAGAACUCUACGAGGUGGUUAAUAAAGUGAAGCCAGGAGACAUACGCUUUGAGAAAGUGCCCCGAGAAGAGAACGAUGACACCUCGAAAUACCUUCUCAAAAUUGAGGGCUUACCAGACAUGUACGGGAAGGGCAAGAAUUAUAGGACAGCCAAGAUUGCAGCAGCAAAGCUGGGACUUAAAAAGUUUCAAGCCUAUCUGGCUGAGCAGAAUGCCAUGCCUGAGCACACUCUGUGAGUGUCUGGCACUUUGUGUGAGUAUUUGGCACUGUGUGAGUGGCACUCUGUAAGUGGUACUGUGAAAUAUUUGGCACUACUAGUGUCUGGCACUGUGUGAGUGGCACUGUAAUGUCUGGCACUCUGUGUGAAUGGCACUGUGUGAGUGCCUUCAGUUAACCAGUAACUCAUCCAAGCCACUCCUGAACCAGUAACUCUGUCAUCUCAUAACCCAGAACGAACCAUCACUUCGCUGACUGUACCAGAGUCAGUUUUCAACCACAGACUCAACCACAGAUGGCACUUCUCGACAAAUACCUCCACCAGGUGCCGGAUCAACCAGGCUGUGGUGGAUAUAUGGACCACCAGGCCACCAGCAGCAAAAGCCUGGUGAACCAAGCAAGCACAAGCCUGGUCCAGGUCCACCCUGUGGGAGUAGACAUGGAGUAGACCCCAAUCCGUCCCAGAGGUAACAAAGAAAGUCUAGGGGGUGGGUCCGAGAGCUGGAGCUCCACCCUAGAGGCUAUACCAGAUCUAUAUAUUCCAACAUGUUUGUGUUGCCUGCAUCUCUCUACAGGGGUCGAGCCUCACUACACUGAUCCGUCUCUCAUUUGCACUCGUAGUUAUAAUAUCUACUGUAAAUAUUUAAAUACUUGUUAAAAUAUCUCCUUAGUUAAAAUCAACAUUUGUAGUUAAAAUAUUUACUUAGUUAAAAUAUCUAUUGUAAAUAUAUCUACUUCAUAUAUUUAAACACCUGUAGUUAAUGUAUUUACUGUAGAUAUUUAAACACUUGUAAAAGUAGUUAAGUAAUCUACAGCUACCUGAUAUUUUAAGAUAUUUUAGCACUUGUAAUGGUGGUUAAAUUAUCUACUGUAGCUGUUAAUAUACUUGUAAAAGUUAAGGAAUUUUUUGAAGAUGGUUAAGCACUAGUAGAUAAAGUAUCUGCAGUAGAUAUUUCAGCACUAGUGAUAGUAGAUAAAGUAUCUGCGGUAGAUAUUUCAGCACUAGUGAUAGUUAUCUACAGUAGAUAUUUCAGCACUAGUGACAGUAGUUAUUGUUCAUUGUUUUUAUUGUAAAUUCUAUGUAUUUUUUUAAAUUAAUUAGUAAUGUUCUUUUAAUAAAAUUGUUCAUAUUCCUGUAUAAUGCAAUAUAAAUAAAUAAUUAAGUAAAUAA